ACGCCCAUUAUGCACACACACACACACACACACACACACACACAGACACACACUGUUUGUUUAAAAUGGGUCAUUUUUUCAUUCAGAGAGUAAACCUGGGUGUGAACACCAGAACUUGGUGUAACAUAAGAAGGUUUCAGCACACACACCAACACUGACACACUGAAGAGCAGCCAGAAGGGGAACAUCAGGAAUAAAUAAUGAAGUCCGAAUGUCCAGUGGGACGCCGACCGAUUCUCCUGGUCCUCGUCACCCUGCUGUGUUUUGAAGGAUUGUUCCACAUUCUGUACACGCCGUCUGGAAGUUCUCAGUCGUGUAGCGAUGAAACGUCGAACCACAACGUCGCUAGAGACGAAGAAGUAGAAGUAGAAGUAGAAGAAGAAGCUCGACGUCCUGCAGACUGGAGGAGAAAGCAGGACCACGACACCGUGGUUUUGAUCUGGAGGUGGCCGUUUGGACAUCGGGUCAAGCCGGGGUCCUGCAGCGAGAUGUUCGACAUCGCCGGCUGUCGCUUAACGGACGACUGGAGCGAGUACGACAAGGUUGACGGAGUGAUGUUUCAUCACAGAGACAUCCACAGCAACAUCUCCGAGCUGCUGAGGAUGAGGAGACCACCGCUGCAGAAGUGGGUGUGGAUGAACAUGGAGUCUCCUGUGAAUUCCCAGAGACAAGCUCGGCUCGACGGGGUGUUCAACCUGACGGCGAGUUAUCGCAGAGACUCGGACGUCUGGGUUCCUUACGGGAGAAUCGUAGAAGCAUCUGAGGAGGACGAAACCUUUCAAAUCCCACCGAAGGACAAAUUAGUGUGCUGGAUCGUCAACAACUGGGACACGCACUUUAAAAGAGUCCGAUAUUUUUACGAAUUAAGGAAACACGUUCCGAUACACACGUACGGUGGGGCGUUCGAAAGAAAACUAAGUCUGGAAGAGUAUUAUAAAAUCAUGUCCAGCUGUAAAUUCUACUUAUCGUUCGAGAACUCCAUCCAUAAAGACUACUUCACAGAAAAGCUGUUUAACCCUCUGAAAGUCGGCACGGUUCCUGUGGUUCUCGGUCCACCCAGGGAGAACUACGAGGAUUUCAUUCCAGCAGAUUCAUUCAUUCAUGUGGACGAUUUCAAAUCCCCUCAGGAACUGGCAAAACAUCUCAUAUUUCUGGACCAGAACCAGAAGCUGUAUGAACAGUUCUUCACCUGGAGACAACACUUCACUGCUAAAGGCUCGUAUUUCGGUCUAGAACACGCUUGUCGUAUUUGUGAUCAUAUAAAAAGAAACAAAGGCUACAGAGUGUUUAAUAAUCUCAGUAAAUGGUACUGGGGUUAGCUAGCAUGUAGCUAACACGACAUCAGGAAACUGGAAUUCUGGGAAAAAAUUUGGAUAUUAAAUAGUCAAAGGUUCUAAAUAUUUUAUUUUUUCAUUUCGUUUUUCUUUUAUUUCCUCAUUAAUAGACAUUUCAUGUUCUCACUUUCCACAACACAGCUAAUGACUUUUAAAAAAUUAGCAACAAAACUAAACAAAGGAAAAGGCUACAGUGUGUUUAAAAAUCGAAGUAUACAUAUUUUAGUUUAUUUUUAAGAAGUUCAUUUAAUAAUUAGCAACAAAACUAAACAAAAACACAAGUAAAAGUUAAAAGAAUAAAUGUAGAAAAGUCUCAAAAAAGUCUUCCUUUUUUUGUAAAUUUUUUUAAAGAAAUCUCUAAAAGCAAAAGGUACAUUUAUAAAAUGUAUAAAAUAAAUCUUUAAACACAAACAGAAGUGUGUUUAAAAAUCCCAGUAAAAGGCACUGGGGUUAGUGUGACAUCAGGAAAGUAGAAAAGCGCAUGAAUUCAGAAUCAUUUUGGGAAAAAUGAUGGAUAUCGACUUGUCAGUGCAUGACAUGUAGGGUCUGUGUUUUUUAUUUUAGAUUUUACUUAUUUCUUUUAUUUUACAGUUCUUUAAUUUCUGUGUUAAUGUCACUUUUCAUGCUAAUGACCUCUAAAUAUUAGCAAUAAAGAACAAAGAACAAAGAAAAGUUUAAAAAAAAAUCUAGAAAAACAAAAUGAAGAACCUGCGUGAACUGUUUUAACUGUUUUAAGUGUUUCUGUGUGAAAGCUACUCGCUGGGAAUUUCAUCAGAAUUCAUACAUAUCCAUCAGCUUUAUUAUUUAUAUUAGCACAUAUAUUAAUAAGAGAUUUCGCUAUCUACUGGAGUAUUGUAUAUUUACUUUAAAUAGAUGACAAGCAUGAUAAAUAGCACAGAGUUUACUUUGGACUUAUCUCACGGCUGAACUCGCCUCACGGACGCUGAUAAAACUGGAACAGGAACCUGUGUGUCAAAUAUUUAACGAUGUCCUCAUACAUCUGCAUUGCCUUGCUUUUCAUUUUUUCUUUUUAUUUACUCACGCACAAACUUUAACAUGCGCUCUGGAACGAUUUCUCACGAGCUCUUUGCUCGACGCCUCGCCCUCCUUCGCUCACACGCGUCACGGCACUGAACAGAGGCAUAAAGCCCUCAAUCACAACUCCAUACGUUUUAAAUUCUGUUUAAAUGCUAAUUAACACUUUUGAGUGACUAGCGAUUUUUAAAAAAGCGUUGUUAUUUGAUGGAUAUAUAAGCUGAUGUUCCAGUGAUUUGCUUCUCUUUCUAGAUGUUGCACUAUCAUUUAGUUAUUAUUAUAAAAUAGGAACUGCAACAAACAAGCACUAAUAAUAAUAAUAAUCCAUUGGGGCUGGAAUCACGCUGCCCCACGCUCAGGGAAGGAGCAGCAGGCAGGACCGUUAAUGGCAGGGUUGCCAGAUUGAGGUAAUUUAAAAAAUACUCCACAGCUCCAAGAUCUUGUUUUAUAGCAAAUAUUCAAAAUAUAAAUCUAAUCCAUUUUCACAAACAGGCAAAGUGUAAGUGCAGUCAGUGUGUCUAUGAUGAACAGAACCAUUUCAGUUGUAAGUUAUACUGCAAAGAUUCCCACACCACCCCAUUGCUGCGCUUCCUCCACUGGCUUGUAGGUCAGGAAUGUGUGUUCACCGCAGUGAUUUCGUUUCCCUACGCAAAGGCUGAUAAAAAAAAAAGACGAAAAGGGCUAGUCUCAGGUUUUUGAGAUUUAGCUGAUUUAGAGAUUUUGCUGAAACUUGGCAACCCUGGGUAAUGAUAUUACCUGUUGUGCGUGUGCCUCAUUGGUAACGAUAAACACACCUGCUGUAAAGGUGCAUCUAUUU